CCCCGAUCGGACGCUCAGCUAGUAGCCUCCGGCAAGCAUUCAAAGGCAAAUAACAAUAACAGCAACAAAAACGAAAAAAUCGCGCUAGUUUUUUUUUCAGUUCUACUCAGAAUAGCACCGGGGAAAGUGCGUUUGCGCGCGUGUUUUCGGUCUUGAACUUCCCAACGGCGGCGAGCGGCGGCGAUCGUGCGUAUAGUCCAAUCAAUAAGGUGAAGAACGGCGCACGCGCGCGCUCGUGCCAUUGACGAAAAAUAGUGUUUCUGUUUUUUUGGCUCGGAAUGCGGUUGAACCGAUUCUACUGUUUCGCCGCCUCGGGCGGCAUCCUGGCGGUGAUCGGUGCAAUCUUUGCACUGUUCUGGGGCGACAUCUUGGAUGCGAUCAUCAUUAAGGAAAAAUCCAUCACCCCAACAUCGAAAGGCUUCAAGCUAUGGAAACGUCCACCCUUCCAGCUGACCUGGGAAAUCACCUUCUUCAACUGGACCAAUGCGGACGCCUUCCUGGAAAACAAAGCCACCAAGCCAAGCUUUUCGGAGGUGGGACCGUACAUUUUCUCAGAAUCCUCCGAGAAAGUGGACGUCCGGUUUAACCCGAAAAAUUCCACCAUCAGCUUCCGGAAGCGAAGCUACUUCACCCCGGUUACGGACAAUCGAACCGCCGCCGCCCAGCCGGAUGACAUCGUUACCAGCAUCAACAUGGUAGCCCUGUCCGCUGCCAAUCGGGCUCGCUUUUGGGGUUACGCAGCUCAGCGGGCGAUUUCGUUCGCUCUGUUCACCUACCGGCAGGGUAUAUUCGUUACCCGGACGGCGAGCGAGCUGCUCUUCGAGGGUUAUCCGGAACCGAUGAUUGAUCGGGCACAGGAAAUACUGAACUUUAUCGGGGAGGAUAUACCGUUCGAGGGACGGUUCAGCUGGUUUCACACGAUCAAUGCGUCGAAGAAAGCGUACGGGGUGUUCAAUAUGGACUCGGGCAAGGAUGAUUCCAGUCAGUACGGACUGAUUCGGGCGUGGAAUUAUAAGACUAAAGCGGAUUUCGCCGAUGGGGACUGUGGCAAGUUUCGGGGCUUUACGGGGGAUAUAUUUCCCACGAAGAUCCGGAAAGAUCGACCGCUGGGGAUUUUUACGCCGGAAAUGUGCCGAAUGGUUUCGUUCGAGUUCGAACGGGAGGAGGACGUCUACGGAGUGGUGGGUUACCGGUUCGUGGGAAGUGAACGAACCGUGGACAACGGUUCACUGUAUGCCGAGAAUCAGUGCAAUUUCGGAGGCGAGUUCAUGCCUUCCGGCAUGAUUAACAUUACCGAGUGCCGACUGGGGGCUCCAUUCUACAUGUCGUUUCCGCACUUUUAUCUAGCGGAUCCGUUCUAUCGGGACCAGAUGGAAGGGAUGAAACCGAACAGGGAGCGGCACCAGUUUUUCUUCACCAUCGAACCCACUACCGGGGUAGUGCUGAACGCUUCGAUUCGAUUCCAGGUUAACGUUUUGUUGCAGCAGUACUCGGCGAUUGCAUUGUACCAGGAUGCUCCCCGAUCGUACAUUCCGGUGUUUUGGUUCACCCGCAGUUUUCAGAUGCCCGAGGAGGAUGUGCUGAAGCUGAAGGGACUGCUUAAUGUGUCCCAACUCGGAUACAUAGGGGGUUUUGUGGCGGUGGGGGUAGGAUUAUUGAUUGGUUUGCUAUCGUUGGGACUGAGUUGCAUUUUCAAAAGUCCGCCGGAUGCGAGAGGCAAAGCAGAACGAACGACGGUGCAGGCUAACGGGGACGCCCGCGGAGAUUAUCAGGCGGUGCAGAAUGGGAAUCAGAAUAAGGAGCGAAUAAAGCUUUGAUGGAGGGUUGUGAAUAAGUGUA